UGGAGACGGGACGCGCGAAGGCGCCGGCCUGUCGGGGGGCCGAGAGAGGCCGGCUGGACUUGAUGCUCGUCCCUGUUCCAGUUCGAGGGAGAGGCCGAGGCAGCGCGGGCCAAGGGGCGGUGGUCCGCCGUCGCACGCAGGGAGACCGGAAAGCGGGGCGGCUGCAGGACGCCUGUGCGUCUCGGAGGCCACGCCAUCCUUGCCAGUGGCGCUGCGGCGGCUAUGGAUGCUGAUCCAAAUUCUUCUACUGAACACCAAGGCUCUGACUCUGACACAGAGAGCAAAGCAGAUCCAGAUACCCAGGCCCAGGAGUACAUUGAACGUGUUCUUGGGUCUUCCAGUCAGCCCAGUCAAGCAUCCCAGUGCCUGCCUCCUGAAUCCCUCUCAAUAAGUAGUGGAGCCCGAGCACCAGAGCACUUGUCUCCUCCUCUGGAGCUUAAAAAGUCUCCUGUUGUUGAUGAGGCAGCUUCAGGACUGUUAUCACUUCCUCUGGAGCUGAUCUUGGAGAUCUGUUCCUACCUGCAAGCCAAGUUUGUCCUGGGUGUUCUUCCUUUGGUCUGCAGGACUCUGAGGGACAUUGUGCAGGAUGAAGUCACUUGGAGAAUUCGUGUGCUCAAAAGGAUUGGCAGCUGCUAUCCAGUUGUGGAAGACGAUGACUUUAACUGGCCAGAUGCUUGCAUUGAACUAGAGGAGCACCUCCAACAAUGGGCAGAGAAUGGCAGGAACACAGAGUACUUUUCCCUAGCUGAGGGGCACUUUGCCUCAGUUGACUCUGUGCUGCUCCUCCAGGGCGGGGAGCUCUGUGUUUCAGGUUCUCGGGACCGAAAUGUCAACUUGUGGGACCUGAGGCAGCUAGGCAGAGCACCAGAAAAAGUGCUAGUGAAGGCACUGGGGACAGAGCGCAAUGGCACCCACAAGGGAUGGGUAUGGGCGCUGGCUGCAAGAGAGAACUGUGUGUGUUCGGGGUCCUGGGACAGCACAGUAAAGCUGUGGGACAUGGCUGCUGAUGGGCAACAGUUUGGAGAGAUCAGAGGGAAGGCAGCUGUGUUGUGCCUUUCUUAUCUGCCUGACAUUCUGGUCACAGGAACUUACGAUAAGAAGGUGACAGUAUAUGACCCACGAGCUGCUCAGGCCCUAGUGAAGAGCCGCAAGCUUCAUUCCAGUGCAGUCCUAUCCCUUGCAGCUGACGAGCGCUUCAUUAUCUCUGGCAGUGAGGAUCGAACACUGGUGUGUUUUGACAGGCGGACCAACAGUGUCCUUCAGAGGCUUCAGCUGGACUCCUACCUCCUUGCCAUAUCAUAUCAGGGUUCUCAGCUAUGGGCUGGAGACAACCACGGGCUGCUGUAUGUCUUUGAGAACAGAGGCGGGUGCUUCCAGCACAUCCGGAAUUUCGAUGUGGGUCAUCGCUCCCAGAUCACCGGACUCCAACACUCACUGGGUGCACUAUACACAACGUCCACGGACAAGACACUGCGUAUCCAUGUUCCCACAGAUCCACCGAAGGUCAUCUGUUCACGGACACACAACUGCGUGCUAAAUGGGAUCAGCGUCGAAGGAAACAUGGCAGUGGCUGCUUCAGGGGGUGUCUCUUUGGAAGUCUGGAAGCUCAGUGUGUGAUGACAAGUCACAGAGCGAUCUGCACGCACUAAUAGAGGGGUGUCAAGUCCUAUGUCUUGGAUAGCUUCCCCUCUGGGUCCAGAGUUCCGGUGCCUGUUGGGUUGUUUUUCGUUUUGUAUGCUCUUUGGAGCGGUGAAGUCCAGGGGUUGAAGCUUCAGCCUCAGCUUAACCCAGGUAGCUAUAAGUGAGAGGCUUGCACUGAGAUCAGUGGGCCAUGUCAGGUCCAAAGCCCCUCCCUACCAUUUCUCCCCAGGAGGCCCCCACAUGCGCAUGUGCACAAUUCUGUGCCUCAUCUGGGCCCUUUUUCAAGCCUGCCGCAUGUUCAGUGGCGUGGUGGUCAACAACUAGCUGGCUCUUCAGGUGAAUGGGUGUGCUAGUACAGGAACAGCUCUAAGCCUGGGCAAUGUCAACAAGGAAGAUGCAUUGUGGGGCAAGGGAGGGAGGGUAGAGGUUUAAAGGAUCCUUUAGCUACCCUGUACUGAUCUAUGUUUACAGUUUAAUUAAAUAUGUUCUGCCCCAGUGGCUGAUCAAGA